ACUCGCUAACUUGACAGGCCAUCUUCAAUCUGAGUCGGUGUAGACGAUGUCAAAUCAUCAAAGCGUACCAGAAACAAGUGCAUCCAAUGAUUCUUCUUUUGACAUAGAUGCCACAUAUCAGGCUAUCCUCGCUAACGAAGACAUCUCGACACCCCUAGCCGCCAUCCUUGCUCUAACGGAGCUCAUACAGCAGUCUAGCGCGGGCACGAUGUUUGAGCUUGUCAAGGCACUGAACGACGGCGCCAAAGUUCUCCGUGAACGCACUCCCAACCCCAUUGGCCUUAAUGCUGGUUGUGAACUUUUCAUUGCAUUUGUCACGCUUUUCCCUCAUGAUUCCGAUAGUUUCUCCAAUUUGAAGACAGAGUUGGUUAAGCAAGGCCGGGCUUAUGCUCGUGAAGCUCAAGAAUAUCGCGAAAAAAUAGCAAACCUCGCUUUAGGGUUCAUCAAAGAUGGUUCAGUAAUAUUGACCCACUCAUAUUCUCGAGUGGUAAUGAGAGCAUUGCUACGCGCUCAUGAGAGGAAGAGAAUAUCGGUGUAUGUUACAGAAGCCAGGCCGCGUGGACUGGGACUACGAACAUACGAGGAGUUGACCAAAGCUGGAAUACCAUGCACUGUCGUUCUCGACUCAGCUGUUUCCUACGUCAUGGACCAGGUGGACUUCGUCCUAGUGGGCUCCGAAGCAGUGGUUGAAAGUGGUGGCCUCAUCAAUGCAGUCGGCAGCAACCAAAUAGCAAUCAUAGCGAAGGCCGCAAAUAUACCGUUCUAUGCCCUGGCCGAAAGUUACAAAUUCCAUCGCUUAUUUCCGCUAUCGCAAUACGAUCUUCCGACGCACACCCCGAAAAUCCUAUCUUUCCCGUCCGCUGUCACACCUGACGCGAAAGGACCCGGGCAAAACUCAGCUGAUCAAGACGCUGAAAAGAUUACGAUCCCAAAACAUACACGAACUAUGACAACUGAACAGAUUGCCUGCAAUCCCAACGUAGACUACACUAGGCCCGAUCUCAUUUCGCUAGUAUUUUCCGACGUUGGUAGCUUAACACCCGACGGAGUGAGUCAGUACCUCGUUGGCAUGUUCGCGGGAUAAGCGAGCGCCCGACAACGAGCUGGGCUUGAGUCCGAAGGUCUUAUUCUACACGAUAGAGUUACGAUAACUUGUGCAAUAGGAGAUCCG